GAAAUAUAGUAGCAGCCAUGAUAGAAGACAAAGGACCAAGAGUGACAGACUACUUUGUCGUAGCUGGUCUCACUGACACAUCUACCCUUUUGGAUCAAGAAAUAAAUCGUUUAGAUACUAAGUCAACUGGACCUAAAGCUCCAAUUACAGACAUUGCUGUUAUUAUCAAAUCAGCUGGAGAAACAGUACCUGAAGGUUACACCUGUGUGGAAGCUACUCCAUCAGCUCUCCAGGCAAACCUGAAUUAUGGAAGUCUGAAAAGCCCAGAACUUUUCCUCUGUUACAAGAGAGGGAGAGAUAAACCACCCCUUACAGAUAUUGGAGUUCUAUAUGAAGGGAAAGAACGGCUUAUUCCAGGAUGUGAAGUGAUCCUAGCCACACCCUAUGGUCGCUGUGCCAAUGUCAACAAUAGUUCAACUACUUCACAAAGAAUCUUUAUCACUUAUCGAAGGGCUCCUCCAGUUCGACCCCAGAAUUCCUUGGCUGUAACUGAUAUCUGUGUUAUUGUAACCAGUAAAGGAGAAACUCCUCCUCAUACCUUCUGCAAAGUUGAUAAAAACUUAAAUUGUGGAAUGUGGGGUUCCAGCGUGUUUCUGUGUUAUAAGAAGUCUGUACCUGCUUCAAAUGCAAUAGCAUAUAAGGCUGGUUUAAUUUUUAGAUAUCCAGAAGAGGACUAUGAGUCAUUUCCACUCUCAGAAUCAGAUGUACCUCUCUUCUGCCUUCCUAUGGGAGCCACUAUUGAGUGCUGGGAUCCAGAAACCAAAUAUCCACUUCCAGUUUUUUCAACUUUUGUGUUGACAGGUUCUUCAGCCAAAAAGGUAUAUGGAGCUGCCAUUCAAUUUUAUGAACCAUACUCUCGGGAACUUCUAUCAGAGAAACAGCUUAUGCAGCUGGGCCUGUUGACGCCUGUGGAGAGAAAAAUGGUCUCCAAAUCCAUCAAUACAAACAAAUGCAUUUGUUUACUCUCACACUGGCCUUUUUUUGAAGCUUUUAGGAAAUUUCUUAUGUUUAUCUACAAACUUUCUGUGUCUGGACCACAUCCUCUUCCCAUUGAAAAGCACAUUUCACAUUUUAUGCAAAACAUCCCUUUUCCUUCACCACAAAGACCGAGAAUCCUUGUCCAGCUGUCAGUUCAUGAUGCAUUAAUAUUAUCACAGCCAGUUUCUACACCUUUACCACUAAGUGGAGCCAAUUUUAGCACCUUGCUAAUGAAUCUGGGUCCUGAGAAUUGUGCAACACUGCUGCUCUUUGUUUUACUUGAGAGUAAAAUUCUGCUGCAUUCUCUUAGGCCAGCAGUCUUGACUGGGGUUGCUGAAGCGGUUGUAGCUAUGAUCUUUCCAUUUCAGUGGCAAUGCCCAUAUAUUCCACUUUGUCCUCUUUCACUGGCUGCAGUGCUUAGUGCACCUUUACCAUUUAUAGUUGGAGUUGACUCAAGGUAUUUUGAUCUUCAUGACCCACCACAAGAUGUUGUUUGCAUUGACUUGGAUACGAACAUGUUAUAUGUAUCAGAUGAAAAGAAGAACAUGAACUGGAAGCAACUUCCCAAAAAGCCAUGCAAAAAUUUACUUAGCACGUUAAAGAAAUUGUAUCCCCAGCUGUCUUCAGUUCACCGAAAAACUCAAGAAGGCUCAGCAAUUGACAUGACUCCAAUUGAAGCAGAUUUCUCCUGGCAAAAGAAGAUGACACAGCUUGAGAUGGAAGUUCAAGAGGCAUUUUUACGCUUUAUGGCAUCUAUUUUAAAAGGAUAUAGAGCAUACCUCAGACCAAUCACAGAGGCUCCUUCAAAUAAAGCCACAGCUGCUGAUUCAUUAUUUGACCGACAGGGAUUUUUAAAAAGCCGAGAUCGUGCGUAUGCAAAAUUCUAUACCCUUUUAUCCAAAACACAGAUUUUUAUUCGUUUCAUUGAAGAAUGCAGUUUUGUAAGUGAUAAAGAUACCGGAUUAGCAUUUUUUGAUGAUUGCAUAGAAAAGUUGUUUCCUGAUAAAGGCACAGAGAAAACAGAUAAGGUUGAUUUUGAUUCAGCAGAAGAUACCAGAUUGAUAGAACUAGACGAUUCACAGAAAAGUGAGCAUACUGUAUUUAUUAUGCCACCAGAGCCACCUCCUAAUGAUGGAAAGGACCUGUCACCAAAGUACAGUUACAAAUACUUUCCAAGACUGGACCUUAAGCUUUUUGACAGACCGCAGGAGUUGAAACUUUGUUUUAGUAGACACCCUACUGGGAAUAGCAUUACAAACAGUCCAGCUCUCAUGGCUAAGAGAACUAAACAGGUCAGAUAUUCUUUAUCUAAUACAUGUUCAUUUAAGAUGGUAGUUUUGGAGAGCCCGUGGCCUAGCAGUACCCGCAGUGGUAUCUUCUUAUGGACGAAGGUACGGAAUGUGGUACGUGGCUUGGCACAGUUUAGGCAACCACUUAAAAAGACUGUGCAAAAAUCACAGGUCUCCUCAAUAUCAGCUCCUCAGAAUGUCACAGGUGGAAGUGAUGGGGACACGGUGAGCCACGGUAGCGUGGAUAGUUCUAAUGAUGCUAACAAUGGGGAGCACACAGUCUUCGUCAGAGAUUUAAUCAGGCUUGAGUCCAUUGAUAAUCACUCUAGCACAGGUGGUCAGUCUGACCAAGGAUAUGGGUCUAAGGAUGAACUUAUAAAGGAUGAUGCAGAAAUUCAUGUGCCUGAAGAACAAGCAGCAAAAGAAUUGAUAACUAAAACAGAAAUGCAAACAGAAGAGGUGUGUGAUGCCUCUGCUAUUGUGGCAAAACAUUCACAACCGAGUCCAGAGCCUCACAGUCCUACUGAACCUCCUGCAUGGGGCAGCAGUAUUGUGAAAGUUCCAUCUGGUAUAUUUGAUAUCAACAGCAGGAAAUGUAGCACUGGUAGUAUAUCAAAUGUGCUGUUUUCUACUCAAGAUCCAGUAGAAGAUGCAGUCUUUGGUGAAGCUACUAAUCUCAAGAAGAAUGGUGUUAGAGCAGAAAAAAGACAAAAGCAUUUUCCUGAGAGGAGUUGUAGUUUUAGUUCUGAAAGUCGAGCAGGAAUGUUGCUUAAGAAGAGUAGUCUGGAUUUGAAUUCAAGUGAAAUGGCUAUCAUGAUGGGAGCAGAUGCCAAGAUUCUCACAGCAGCAUUGACAUGCCCUAAGACUUCUCCACUUCAUAACGCAAGAACCCAUAGCUUUGAGAAUGUUAGCUGUCACCUACCUGAUAGUAGGACUUGUGUGUCUGAAAGCACUUGGAAUCCUGGGCACAGAUCACCUGUGGUGCCAGAGAUACUUGAGGAAAGCCAAGAACUCCUUGAGCCUGUGGUUGAUGACAUAGCUAAAACUACUGCAACAGAGGAUACGUAUGAGAGUCUACUCAGUGAUAGUGCCAGUAAUCAGUCCACAGACUUGAAAAUAGGAUCCAGAGAUCUGAAGAAUAAGAGAAGUAGUUUAUAUGGUAUUGCUAAGGUGGUUGAGAGGGAAGAUGUUGAAACCGGACUAGAUCCUUUGUCUCUUUUAGCCACUGAAUGUACAGGGGAAAAAACUCCUGAUUCUGAAGAUAAGUUAUUUUCUCCAGUUAUUGCACGUAAUCUGGCUGAUGAAAUAGAAAGCUAUAUGAACCUAAAAAGCCCCCUAGGUAGUAAAUCUUCUAGUAUGGAAUUACACGGAGAGGAAAACAGGGAGUCUGGCAUGACUGCUACAUUUAUUCAUGCUCUAGAGAGGAGAUCAAGCCUACCUUUAGAUCACGGUUCACCAGCACAGGAAAAUCCUGAAAGUGAAAAGAGCUCACCUGCAGUGUCCAGGUCUAAAACUUUUGCUGGGCGUUUCAAGCAGCAAACUCCCUCUCGAACUCAUAAAGAACGUUCAACUUCUUUGUCAGCGCUAGUGCGUUCUUCACCGCAUGGCUCACUGGGUUCUGUAGUAAAUUCUUUGUCAGGAUUAAAGCUGGAUAAUAUACUCUCAGGGCCCAAGAUAGAUGUCCUAAAAUCUGGCAUGAAACAAGCAGCGACAGUAGCCAGUAAGAUGUGGGUAGCUGUUGCAUCUGCCUACAGCUACUCAGAUGAUGAGGAAGAAACUAGUAGAGACUACAGCUUUCCAGCUGGCCUCGAAGACCAUAUUUUGGGGGAGAAUAUGUCACCUAACACAAGUAUCUCAGGGUUGGUCCCCAGUGAACUUACCCAGAGCAACACAAGCCUUGGCAGUAGCAGCAGUAGUGGAGAUGUAGGAAAACUGCAUUAUCCAACAGGUGAAGUUCCAUUUCCAAGAGGUAUGAAAGGACAAGACCUUGAAAAAUCAGAUCAUGGUUCUUCUCAAAAUACCAGCAUGUCUAGCAUCUAUCAGAAUUGUGCAAUGGAGGUUUUGAUGUCCAGUUGUUCACAGUGUACCACUUGUGGAGCUUUAGUCUAUGAUGAAGAAAUUAUGGCUGGAUGGACAGCAGAUGAUUCAAAUUUGAAUACAACUUGUCCAUUCUGCAAAAGCAAUUUCUUGCCUCUUCUCAAUAUAGAAUUCAAAGAUUUGAGAGGUUCUGCAAGCUUUUUCCUGAAACCAAGUACUUCUGGUGACAGUUUACAAAGUGGAAGCAUUCCACUGGCAAAUGAAUCCUUGGAGCACAAACCUGUAUCCAGUUUAGCAGAACCUGACUUGAUCAACUUUAUGGAUUUACCAAAACAUAACCAGACCAUAACUGAAGAAACAGGCUCUGCAGUUGAACCAAGUGAUGAAAUAAAGAGAGCCAGUGGAGAUGUCCAAACUAUGAAAAUUUCAUCUGUGCCUAAUAGUUUAUCAAAGCGAAAUGUAUCUUUGACUCGAAGUCACAGUGUUGGAGGCCCCUUGCAGAAUAUUGACUUUACCCAGCGACCGUUUCAUGGCAUUUCAACAGUUAGUCUUCCAAACAGUCUGCAGGAAGUUGUGGAUCCUUUAGGAAAAAGGCCCAAUCCUCUCCCUGUUUCUGUGCCCUACUUGAGUCCUCUAGUGCUUCGCAAAGAACUUGAGUCUUUGCUAGAAAAUGAGGGUGAUCAGGUGAUUCAUACAUCUUCUUUCAUCAAUCAACAUCCAAUCAUUUUCUGGAACCUCGUUUGGUAUUUCAGACGUUUGGACCUUCCUAGUAACUUGCCAGGACUUAUCCUCACAUCUGAACAUUGUAAUGAAGGUGUACAGCUUCCUCUGUCAUCUCUGUCCCAGGAUAGCAAACUUGUAUAUAUUCAGCUGUUAUGGGAUAAUAUCAACCUUCACCAGGAACCAAGAGAACCUCUGUAUGUCUCAUGGAGGAAUUUUAAUUCUGAAAAAAAAUCAUCUCUCCUGUCAGAGGAACAACAAGCAACAAGCACUUUAGUAGAAACCAUCAGGCAGAGUAUUCAGCAUAAUAACGUUCUUAAACCCAUCAACCUGCUUUCACAGCAGAUGAAGCCAGGCAUGAAAAGGCAAAGGAGUUUAUACAGAGAAAUCCUAUUCUUAUCAUUAGUGUCUCUAGGAAGAGAGAAUAUUGAUAUUGAGGCCUUUGACAAUGAAUAUGGAAUUGCAUACAACAGUCUGUCUUCGGAGAUUCUUGACAAGUUGCAGAAAAUUGAUGUUCCACCAAGUGCCAGUGUGGAGUGGUGCAGGAAGUGUUUUGGAGCGCCUCUCAUUUAAAUAUUCACUAGAAUUUUGACACACAAGGCUUGGGGAUUGUAUUUAAUCUGGAAACAUUCAAAGUUUUUUUCCAAAUCCUAAUGUGAAAACAGAAAUGAAGUAACUCUUGGGGAUAACAUAAAAUGAAUUAUGAUUCAUAUUGCAUCAUCUCAAAAUAUGAAAUGCCAUUUAAAUGUCCCAGGCACAGGCCUUGUUGACACUGAAGAUUUUCAACUCCUAGACUGUUUUUCUGCCUCUGUGGAAAACUACUUCGGGAUUCCUCAGUAUUUGUAGUAGUUUGAUAGAAAUAGUGGGAACCAUAUCAUUCUAGGCAUUGUCUAUAUUUGAAGUUACUGAGUUUGGGGAAUAGCAAAUUAAAUUUGCCUAACCCCCAAAACAAAUGAAAUGUCUCAAUUAUAAGAGCAACAUGGCUGGGCAUGGUGGCCCAUGCCUGUAAUCCCAGUACUUUGGGAGGAUCACUUGAGGCCAGGAAUUUGAGACCAGCCUGACCAGCAUGGUGAAAACCUGUCUCUACUAAAAAUACAAAAAUUAGCCAGGCAUGGUGGCGCUCCAACUGUAGUUCCAGUUACUUGGGAGGCUGAGGCAGGAGAAUCGCUUGAACCCGGGAGGCAGAGACCACGUCACUGCACUCCAGCUUGGGUGACAGGGUGAGACCGUCUCAAAAAAAAAAAAAAAGACAGCAACAUAUUUGUGUAAGUGUGUAUAUGUGUAGGGCUGUGUAGGUUAUGUUUAUAUACAGCCAUAUUCGAAGUAUAUAUUUAUUAAAAUAGAUUGCAUGUUGCAAUACAGUUUUCUGAAAGGGGUCUCAUUUUGAUGAGAGCUGCCUUCUCUGACUUUAUUAGGUUGGUACAAAAGUAAUAGUGGUUUUUGCCACUAUUAAUGGCAAAAAUUGCAAUUACUUUUGCACCAACAUAAUACACUUUUCAUAUUAUGUAUUAUCUUGCUUAAUGGAUUUUAUCUUGACUAUCCAGUUACUUCCAUCCUCUUCCCAAUAUUUAAAUUUGUAAUACCUUUAAAAUGGGUACAAAUGAAUCAAUCAUCAGAUAGUUAAAAUGAAAAUAAAUCAGCUGCCUAAUAAUUUACAAAAUUAAUUGGAACAUGCUUAAAAUGCUACAGUGUAUGUCAUUGAACGUGAAGUCUUUGUUCAGGCACAUAUAUUGUUGGUAUUGAUCGUUUUUAAAACCUGUGGGAUAAACUUGCACUGCACACAGUUUUAUUCUUGUAUGAUAUUUAGAUUUGUAUGCUUGUGAGUAAAAAUGUGCAUUUGUAAAUACUGUUUUUUAGUUUGGAUCAAUUAAGUCUUAAAAUUUUAAAUUAAGCUUGUUACCAGUAGGAGGUUUAAGAAAAUCAUGAUCUCACAUGCCGCACUUUGACAUUUAUCAUGCCUUUUGUUAAAACUAUCCCUUAGGAACAGUAAGUUUGCCUUAACUCUGCAUGAUUUAAAAAGCCAGUGGUUUUAUGUGUGUUUACAGUAAUUAUGUAGAUGACUCAAUCAGUUGACAUGGUAAAAUUACUUCCAUAUGGUACAGUAACAGCAUAAUUCUCUUCUACCUAUGUAACCAUUUACAAAUUAGUUAUUGUACCAGACUUCGAACAUUUCAGGGUUAAUCUGACCUGUGCAGAAUUUUAGUGUGAAUUUAUUGUGAAAAUGCUAAAAAACUUUUCAGAAAUUAUGUACAAUUUUCAUUACCUUCAAAAUGGAUAUUUUGCACUGCCUCAGAGUAUAUAUUUUUGCAACUGAAGAGUUGGUACUAGUUUUAAUACUUAACACUUACUGACCCAAUAGAAAGUUUGGAAUUACUUUGCAUAUAGAAAUUGAGGUUGAAUAAAAUGAUGUUUGCUGUGUUUUGUUACAUUAAGCCUCCUGAAAUCUGUAAUCUUUAGAAUUCCAAUAUUUUGUUUCCAUUUCUUCACUGUAGUCUAACUCGAAUUUUCACUUGCCAAAGCACUUCCCAUUUAAAAAAAUCUGUAAAGAUAAUAUAUGGCUGUAUCAAAUUGUGAACUUUCCAAUAACUUUAACAAUCAUACUUUGAAAACCUUAGCCUGCUGCUGCCAUUUAGAUAUUGGGACUGAUUUCUUGUUAUAAAUUCUUAAAGGCUUUUUCCAAUGCCCACCACAGAGAGGGCACCACUAAAAAUUUACAGGAAAAAAACAUUACUAUGGAAAGAUUUAGAAAUGCCCAGAAUGACUUGUAGCACUGUAUGCAACUUUAAUCCUGAUUACUUUUUUCAAAGCAAUCUUUGAAAGAUUGCUUCUUUCAAAUUAGUCCAGAUUACUUAGUGGUACCUUAUAUUGGUUUGGGGCUUGAUAGCAAUUUUUUUUCUUCCAACUAAUGAAAUUGUAUAGGUUGAUCACAACCUGCAUAAUGACCUCAGAAUGACUUGCAUGUCUUUGGAGAACUUACUACUUGCUCACAUGUGUAGUAAUCCUAACACUUUGGGAUGCCAAGGCAGGCAGAUCACUUGAGCCCAGGAGUUCAAGAGUGGCUUGAGCAACAAGGCAGAACUCUACAAAAAGCACAAAAACUAGCCAGGUGUGGCACUGCAUACCUAUAGUCCCAGGCUUAAGUGGGACAAUCACUUGAACCCAGGUCAAGGCUGGAGUGAGCCAGGCCACUACUCUCCAGCCUGGGCAGAGUGAAACCUGUCUCAAAGCAAAAAAGAAGUCUAAGGAGAACCUUAAAGAAUAUCCUUAUUUUGUGGCUGCACUCAUUUCAGAAAGGGUGUUUCUCACGUUUUGUACAUCAUCAUACAAAACUUUGGAUCAUACACCGGACUCAUCUUAUGGCUUUUAAGUUCCUCUCCGGUUUUAUCAGUCCUUUUAACUUUGGGUAAACUGCUAAAUUUCUCCCCUUUGCUUUUUGAGAGGGAGUCUUGCCAUCUCCCAGGUGGGAGUGCAGUAGCAUAAUCUCAGCUCACUGCAACCUGUUUCCCCAGUUCAAAUGAUUCUCCUGCCUCAGCCUUCCAGGUAGCUGGGAUUACAGGCCCCCACCACCACACCUGGCUUCAUUUAGCACCUGCCUCAGCCUCCUCUUUGCCUUUUAAGUUCUGCAUUCUGUAUUAAUCACCAGCUAAGAUUCUUUUCAUGUUAUGUAGCUUUUUAACACCAUGUAGUAAGAGGAAUAGAUUUAAGAAUCUUGGUAGGCAUCCAGGGACUGAGGCCACCAUUGCUGUCCUCACACCUGGGAGCAUUUUAAUGUAAAAAUAAAUAAAUAAAUAAAAAAACAGACCCCUAGGUGAUUCACAUGUACAUUUCAAACUUUACUUUGUAAAGCUAUUACAGCAGUUCUAACAAAUAAAAAGCUUGCAUUACUUCAACCUUAAAGCCCAAUGAGCCUUCUUGUAAAGAUUUUGAUAUUGUCACAAUAAUAGCAUAAAAACUAUUAGAAAAAAAUAUAGUCAGUUCUUUUUCAGAGUGAAACAGCAUAACAAUUCACUGGAGUUGAAAAGCUUUGUUAAAGCAAAUUUGCACUGGUUUAAAAAACUUUUAAGAUGGUAUCCACUAAAACUAUGCCUUAAAAGUUACUUUUUCUU